AUGAAUUUAAAAGUUUAUGGAUUAAAACAAGGACAUUAUUUCACAUCACCUGGUAUAUCAUGGGACUCUAUGCUUGCACUAACAAAGAUAUUGAUUGACUUAAAAUCAAAUCCAAAUAUUUAUAAUAUUUUUGAAAAAUAAUCUAGUGGAGGUAUUUCUACAAUAGGAAACGUAAGAUAUCCUAAAGCUAAUAACGAGUAUUGUGAAGAAUAUGAUAAAUAAUAAGAACAUGUUUAAAUAAUUUAUUUAGACACUAAUAAUCUAUAUGGGUAUGCUAUGUCAAAAAAUUAACCUAAUAAAGACAUAUAGUUCUCAAUCAAGGCUAAUCAGAAUAAUUUUGUACUGAUUUCAUAAUAAAAUAAUAAACAUCAAAUAUUAGUUAUGUUUAUGAAGUAGAUCUAUAAUACCCAAAAAGAUUUUUUUUAAAACAUAAUACUUAUCCUCUUACUACAGAACAUUUAAGAAUUAAAUAUGAUCAACUAUCAACAUACAACAAAAAUGUAAUAAAAUGACUAUAAGAAUAGGAUGCAAAAAAAUUUAAAAUAAAUAUUAUAAGAAGGAUUAAUCAUUUCAAAGAUGCAUAGAACUAUAAGCUUCAAACAAAAUGCAUUCAGGAAGCAAGACUUCGAUCUUAAUACAUAAUUAAGACAGAAGGCGAAGAAUGAUUUUGAGAAAGACUUCUAGAAACUAAUGAAAAAUAGUGUUUUGAGGAAGUUAUGUGAAAACGUAAGAAACAGAGUUAAUUAUGAACUAGUCCAAUCUAAAAAAAAGACUGUAAAAGUAGAUACUUCAAAAACUUCCAUAGAAUUAGUAAAUAUCUUGCACUAGUUUAAAAACGUUAGAAAGUAGUUAAAUUAAACAAACCUCAUUACAUCUGAAUGUGAUGCUAUAAUGGCAGAUACUGAUAGCUUAUUAAUGAAGAUUACUUGUGAUAAAAUAACAAUGUAUAUGAUUGAAUGGUUAAGAACUCUGAUUUAUAUGAUCUUAGCGAUGUGA